UUAUUUUUUCAACAAUUUAGGGCAACUCAAAAGUGGAAGGGAUCGGGGUGGAGGCGCUUCUUCUCAUUGCUGCCGCUCUCAGGAAGGGAGAGAGGGAGGGGUCAGUGGAGAGCAGAAACCGAGAUCGUUGGCAAAGAUGAAAUAUAACCCAAGAGUCACAAGCUCAAGGAGGAAGUGCCGGAAGGCACACUUCACUGCCCCUUCAAGUGUCAGGCGUAUUCUCAUGAGUGCUCCGUUGUCACCCGAGCUUCGUAACAAAUACAACGUUCGAUCAGUUCCAGUUCGCAAAGAUGAUGAGGUGCAGGUUGUUAGAGGAACAUUCAAGGGAAGAGAAGGGAAGAUUGUUCAAGUUUAUAGAAGGAAGUGGGUUAUUCACAUCGAACGUAUCACAAGGGAAAAAGUCAAUGGUACGACUGUGAAUGUUGGCAUUGAUCCUUCUAAGGUGAUGAUCACCAAGCUGAAGUUGGACAAGGACAGGAAGGCUUUAUUGGAGAGGAAGGGUAAGGGGAGAGCCGCAGAGAAAGGAAAGGGCAAGUUUACUGCAGAAGACGUUGCUGCAUCCCUUCAAGGCGUCGACUAAUCAUUGGGCAAAGUCUGUACCUUGAAUUUUCCUGUAGCUUGAUUGCAGCAAGAGAGAAACAGUAGCUCGUAGGCGGAUGGAUAGAUGUUGAGUCCCCAUUUUGGAUGAUUUGUGUGCAUCUGAUUGUUUUGGUAUUCAUUUACAUUUUGGACCUCUAUCUUUGGAUGAUUGAUAUAUGACUGUUACUACACUUUUUAA